AUGUUAUUAUCAAUUAGUUUAUGGUCAGUCGAUAGUAUUGCUAUUGAUGAUUUUCAUUGUAAAAUACCAACAUGUCGAGAUUUUUAUUAUGGAUUAAAAGAUCGACCACGUCGUAAAGAAUAUGAACAAAUUUGUCUUGACACUGUUUUUGCUCUUCAGGCAAUUCCACGUGAUAUGGGUAAAUGUAUUCAUGAUGAUACAGGCAAAUUAAAUAAACCAUGUAUUUAUCAACUAGCAAGAACUAUAAAAAGUUGUAUCAAACGAAUGUAUGAUCUUCCAGAAAAAGAUGCUCGUUUUUAUUGUGGUUAUACACUAAUGAAAUAUUGUGCUGUACAUCUUGGUCUUGAAGGUGUUCCAUUGAAUUUUAUUUAG